UGUGAGGUGCUAAGCACGAAAUAGCCCCUUCAUCGUUAGGGUCUAGCGUGGUACGGACCCGAGAACGAGAACGAAACCCCUUUUUUCUCAUCGUUAAAUUCAACUCCCAUUCAUCGUUUGUUGCCUUUAUAGGCCAGUUGUCUCUCACCAUGGCAGGCAAUCUGUCAGUGUCCUCUACAGAGGCAAAUCCCUCUGGCAAUCCAGCAUACGAGUCUAGCACGGGGGCUCCUCAACUAGCCAUGCUCGACAUUUUCUUCCCUGGAUUCUCCAUGUUCGCUGGGGCUGUCCAGAAAUACCUGAAAAUCGAUCUUAACUUAUACAUUCCUCUAUUACUUAUUACUGGUGCUUUGACAGUCGUCUGGAAUUACGCUAGCAUUUACUUAUGGGAGCAACUCGAGACUCAUUUCAUGUCCGUUGUCGAUGUUCGCACAGAUGACGAGGUCUACAACAUCAUCAUGAGCUGGGUAGCCCGGCAGAAGUUCUCCCAGGGCGCCCGACGUUUCGUAGUCAACACUAACGUCAACUCUCGAUGCUGGUAUAUUUGGGACUGCGAUGAUGAUGAUGAUGAGGACGAUGAUUAUGAGCGAGAAUCGUCUACUAGGAAAAAGAAGCCUCUGUCAUAUACACCUUCCUUUGGUAGCCACUACUUCUGGUAUCGUGGUCGCUUGCUCUUAUUCCGAAGAUCUGCGAAGGAGCAACAGAAAGGGUGGGCGCUUGUUAGCCAAUGCGAGGAGAUUUCGAUCUCGUGCUUUGGUCGCGACCCGUGGAUCUUGAAGGAGCUCCUCCUGGAAGCUCGCCAGGAGUACAUGAAGAAGGAUGAACACAAGACCCUCAUAUACCGCGGUACACUGAAACCUGGAUCGAUGGAAACCACUUGGCAGCGUUGCAUGGCCCGAGCUAGCCGCCCCUUUUCGACGGUCAUCUUGAACGAAAAGGUUAAGCAAGAGCUGAUUGAUGACGUUACCGACUACCUUGACCCAGCGACACAGCGUUGGUACGCCAAUCGCGGGAUCCCAUACCGACGUGGAUAUCUCUUAUACGGCCCUCCUGGAACUGGUAAAAGCUCACUUAGUCUAGCCCUGGCCGGCUUCUUCAAGAUGCGGAUCUAUAUUGUUAGUCUAAGUUCCAUCACAGCAAAUGAGGAGAAUCUCGCGUCCUUGUUUGCUGAGCUUCCUCGUCGCUGUGUUGUUCUCCUUGAGGAUAUUGAUACGGCUGGUCUCACCCAUACCCGCGAGAAUGAAACUUCUCCACCCCCGCCCCAAGACGCAUCUAACGACAUGGUUCCCGGGCAACUUACUACAGGAAACGGUAAUGCGGAGAAGAACACUCCUGGCGGGAGACUAUCCUUAUCCGGACUACUCAACAUUUUGGACGGCGUAGCGUCUCAGGAAGGUCGAAUUCUAAUCAUGACGACUAAUCACCUGGAGAAAUUGGAUGCUGCUUUGAUUCGGCCCGGACGUGUUGACAUAACUGUGAAAUUCGGUCUGGCGGACGAGGGAAUGAGUGUUUCCAUCUUCCGGGCCAUUUUUGCCCGUCUAGAUGGUGACGAGGAUCCCAACGACGUCGACAAGCAACCCACCGACCCAGAAGUUAGAGCAAAGCUCGAAGAAGAGAAGAAGAAGAUGUUAGCAGUCGAGGAUGCUCGUAUAAGUGCUUUAGCAAAGGAAUUCUCUGCCAAGGUACCGACGCAUGAAUUUAGCCCGGCUGAGCUUCAGGGCUACCUUAUGAAGCACAAGCGCCACCCCCAAAGAGCGGUGGAAAAUGUGGAAGAGUUCAUCGAGCAGACUCGAAAGGAUCACAAGGAGAAGCGACUUAAGGAGGCAGAGGAGAAGCGAAAGGAAGAGGCAAAGAGGAAGGAAGAGCAAGAGAAGAAGGAUGAAGAGAAGGCUAAGAAGGAAGCAGAAGCCCAAAAUAAGGAUACCUCGGAACAAGAUGCAGACAAGGAAGCCACAGAAGAUUCGAAGUCGUCAUCUGAAACAUCGGACGAUAAGAAGGAAUCGUCGGCAGUGGAGAAGAAGGAGAGAUUAGAAGUGAAGACAGAAUCGGGUCAUGUGAAAAAUGAUUCCGGCUAUGUGACACCGGCGAGCGGCGAGCCUUGAUGAAAGGCGCCGCAACAGCGCGUGUCUAGCGGAUGGGGCCGCUAGGUACGGAACCGGUACCGGGGUGUUACUUAUAUACCUAGAUGCUAUCCACGAUAGGUGAUGGAUACCGUAGCGAUAUUAAGUGCCUGCCUAGUAUCUUUGCAUAAUUCGGCGCAUGGGCGGGGUGUGAACAGGCAGUUGCAAUUGGAAUAAACAUGUAGAUAUUCAUUCUAUGCAGCUCUAGCUACGUGGUGUAGCCAAUGCAGUGAGAGGUGAAUUGUUGACUAAGCGGGUUCCAUGGCACUACACAACUUGGUUGACCAGGUUGACGACGAUCGUUGAGAGUGGUCUGAUUUCCGACAUGCGUGAUACGCUGGCUUUUGUAGUUGUUGAGAUAGUUGACCGGGCACCGAGUUUUGACUGCAUGUCGAAUCAACUGCUGAAGUACACGUAUUGGUGUACAUGCUAGAAGCUGAACAGCCUAGGGAGAUAAUCGUGGUUAAGUAGGUUGAAGCAGGUUGAAGCAAGUUGGCUUGGUGCAGUUCUGUAGUAUUGCUUAUUGGAGA